AGCAGUUUUGUGUCCGGCCUUCUGAGUGGCGGUGGUGAAAGGACGUGUACGUCACAGCUGUAACCCCGGGCACGUCACCGAGAUUAGCCAAUCUCAUCAGGGUCAGGACAUACAUGUUGAUGAGCCUCAAACCUUUCAUUUAAAACGCCGGUGGUCCGCUGGAUCACCAGUCAAAAGACGCGAAGCUGGUCUCAAGUGUUCCGGAGGACGACGCACAAAUCGUCAUUUUCAACCACCAUGCGCGGCAGAACCGACGUCCCCGCUCUCCUGCUAGUGGUAGUUGUGGCCGCCCAGCUGACUCUGACAUGCUGCAAGCCUGUUGCAGACCUUGAAAGAGAUGGCGUAGCCACCAGCCACCACCAUCGGAAAGAACAGGACUUCUGGCAGUGGCGGGUGGAGAGGAUCCUGAGAAGAAUCGAGCGAGUUCUGGACGAGGACGAGGACUACCCGCCGGCAGACGAGCAGCCCGCCGCAGAAGACGCCGGCAUGUACGGCUGGGUCGAGCCCUCCGAAGUGGAGCUCCCGUCCAAACCCUUCGGCCAGGCCAUCCGAGACCUUCUCCCGAAAACAGCCGAGGACGAGCCGGACUUUACCGACGACUGGUACUCGGCGCUGCUGGCGAACAGCAUGAGUUUGGACUUGGACGGGUCUGAAUCAGCGAAGAACAUGAUGUCAAACGACGUCUUGCACUCCCGGAAGCAUCGCGUGUAAACUGUAGGUGAUUGCUAGGCAACACGGAGACGACGUCAACAAAAUUUGAGUACUCCAGGGGCGCCACAGGCGUUGUCUAAACUGGUGUCUAAUAAGGAGACUAAAAAGAACAACAAUUGCAAAAGGAGAUAUAAUUGUUCCGGAAAAAAAACUAACUCAACCUGUAACUCAACAAUAGUUAGGUCUUAACUAAUGUUGUUGUGUUUUAAGAUACUAUCCCUUGAACAACCUGGGAUACAUAUCAUUGGUGUUGUAAUUGAUAUCAUUUAAUACCAACCAUCCUUGGUUUUUGUGUCUUCAAAGGCCCUUCAGAUGAAUACGUCCAUUCAACCCCUAACCUGUACGCUCUGUAUAUAUCUUGGACAAUACUUGCUGUGAAUGUAUAUGUCCUUUAAUGCAUAUAUUUCUUUGCA